UAUGGUCAUCGAGCGUUUUCGUCGGACGCAAGAUAUUUUUUUAUCGUCUGCUAUUCCUACUUAUUACGCUCAGCUGACGAUCAUGUGAUGUAGGGUCAAGUAUGUUUAAAAAAAAAAAAUAGUAGACCCUUUUAUAGUUUGCCUCGCAUUCACCAACCAUUUGUUCAACUCGUGAUUUCAAUUGCCUUGCAAAUGUGUUUUUAAAGGAAUGUAUUUGCCAAAUGUUUAUUUGAGGCAUGUAAUACGUAUGCAUCAGUAGCAGUGCCCAGAUGCAAUGCAAAUAUGUAUUUUCCAACCUUUAUUGAGCCACCAAACACAAAUGUCAGGUUAAUUAUGUACCAUCUGCCAUGUAGUCGAAGAGAACAAUACUUAAUGCGGCUCUGCUUACCUUUUGGCUUUGACAUGAUAAGUGGCAUCGUGCCCAUGAUGUAUGGUGAUGUUUCUGCAUGAUAGUGUUUCAAACAGUGUAGUCUGGCUUGGAAAUGGCUCUGGCUCUGGAUCUUCAUCUUCUAGGCUGGUUAUGUCAUGGGCGGAGAACUAUUAAGGAAAGGGCCAGACCAACUUGGUUACAGGCACAUUUUCAGAACUUGAAAACACUGGGUGACAAAUCAAAGGAAUCCAAAAGCAGCAGAAGGAAGUCCAGGUAUGAAGAAAAUCUUCAUUUCAGUGCUGGACUAGACAUCCUCAGCAGGUAUGAAGAGAGUUGGUUUCUGCUCCACAAAAAAACAAAAGACUCUGCUCAGGUUGCAGGGGCCGUUGACGGGGACGUGGUGAUUCUGUCGGCGCACUGGGAGAAGAGACGAUCAGCGCUGACAGAACUACAAGAACAACUACAAAGCUUGCCGACUUUUAUCAGCGAACUUGAUGGCAUCACUGCUUCAAUAGCUCACCUGGAAGGUGACUUUGAGGAGAUGGAGAGCAGGCUGGUCUACUUGGAGACACUAUGUUGUCAAUGUGAACAGCAGACGCUCAAGCAGCAGCAUAUCGACCAACUGGAAGUCUAUAAGAAAAAGAAGAGGAGAGACUUGGAGGCACUGGAAGUGGAGCUGAAUGCAGAGCAUGCUCAGAAAGUUGCAAAGCUAGAGCAGAUGAGGCAGCAGAAACUGAGGGAAAGGCAAAAAGUAUAUGAAGAAGCCUUUAACCAAGACCUGGAAAAAUACCGGUCCACUGGAUAUCUUCAGCAUAGAGAACCAGCAGAAGCAGAUAUGGUUGUUCUGGAUCAAAUGCCAGUAACCAACUUAUCAGACCAGGAGGCUUUGGAUGAUUUCCUGAACUCUGGUGAUGACUUCAGUUCUGGGUCAUCGCUCACCUCAGGUACAGACCUGAAGUCCGGCUCUUUGGGAUCCUUAAGCAGCCCACUGAGCCAAGUCCCCGACAUAGAAAACCACUCGUCAGACAAGGACUCUGAAUGUGUUCACGAUGACGAAGGCCUCAGUGAGGACAGUGAUGAGCCUGUGGUCCAAUUAGACGAGGAGGACGUUCAGCCGGACAUGACAUUGGUUGGCCUGCAGGAUCUUGACCAUGUCAGGGGCUCUGAUGAUAGUGACUCUCCAGGAGACAUGCCCUGUGGGUAACCUAGCAACCAUGCCCUUGAAAUGUCUCAAGCGUUAAACCCCAUAAUCUUUACUGCCCCCCUAUUUGGACUCGGGACAAUGUGCUCAGCCAACACAAGUUGUCUUUUUAUUCUGAAAACAAUGCAAUAGACAAAUCAAAGAUGCUUCAAAUGAGUGCUGGGCAUGUAAUUUAUCCAUGGAUGUGUUUUCUGUUGUUUUGCAAAAGUUACUGCUUCUGUCUAGAAAAGGAGAUGAGCAAGGACAAGUGUGAAACAACAGUUAACCACUUUGUGCUUUAAAGAUGAGUGGAGCGCAUCAAACUGACCACCACUCUCCACCCUCCAGUUUAAACAGUCUUAAUUAACGAACCAAAUAUGCUGCCAUGGACCUGUGCGUCCCAAGUAUAUGGUCCACUGUUAAUUUUUAAAUGUCAUUCAUUAAGUAAAUACAUCCUCAUGUCAGUUUACUUCAACCUUGUUUCCCUCUGUGCACACUAUUGUAACAAGUUGACUGAAUCCAAACUGUUAGAACAUGUUGUGCUGCAGCUGGUUUCACAUGGCUGACAAUUCAAUAAAAAGACAAUCCUUGUACUGUUAAUGUUAAAAACCUUUUAUUUUAUUUUCUAUUUGUUUCAAAACGGUAUGCAAACAGGAAUCCAUGCACUGCAUGAUUAUGAAUUGGGCUGUUGAGUUGAAGUGUUGACUCGCAAAAGCAAAGUUACUUAAACUUAUAAAACAUAAUAUCCAUCCUGCUCAUUUUGCCCGGUUAGGGUCGCGGGGCGCUGGACCCUAUCCAAGCUGACUUCGGGUGAAAGACGGACUAUACCCUGAACUGGUCGCCAGUCAGUCGCAGGGCACAUAAAGCAUAUGAAAAGCAUUAUUUGAAACAAACAAAAAAAAGUGAUCUUGCUAUGCCAUGCUGUGUUCAACAUAUUCAAACUAAACCAAUUAAUUGUUUCAAGAAGAUAAGUUAAUGUUUGUAAAAUUUGAAGAUCUUCAUGCAUGUCUUUUCUCAGAAGAAAAAAAAAAAAGCUCAAUGGAUUAACAGCAUUAUGAAAAAACCCUCUUGCUAUUUUGGAAUCUGCUUUUGCGUCUCUGUAUGCAGGCAGUGUUUUGUUUUAGGGCCACAAAGUUGUACAGUUCCCACAGCUUGUAGGCUAUUUAAUGCUGAGGAAUCUAACAUGCAUGGCAGCAUUUACGUUCCACAUACAGUACACCACUCUGAAGAAGUUUGCCAGGUCAAACUUGUGAAAUCAUAUAGGUAAUAUUAUCAUUACUUAACAUAAAUCAGUCAUGAAUAAAUAUUUAAGUUGUUGAACAGCCCUAAUUAUUCCGUGAUAGUGGACACCUGUAACACCUCCCAGGUACUAGCAAUAUACGUAGAUAUUGAAUUAUUUAGAAACACAGAUGUUAUUAAGUUAAAAUACAUGUUGACAUUAAAGCAUCUGUCCCUCCAUCCUGAGAGCUGGAGCCUGUCCCAGCAGACUUUGACCCAGAGGCAGGGUAUAUACUCCCUGAGUUGGUCGCAGGGCACAUACGUACUACCAUUCAGACUCACAUUUAUGGACAAUUUAGAGACCUCAAUUAACCUAAGAAACAUGUUUUUGGAAGGUGUGAGGAAGCUAGAGUACCUGGAGAAAACCUAAACAUAGGGAGAACAUGCAAACCCUACACAGAAGGCCAGAGCCUGAAUUUGAACCAUCAGCCUCAGAACUGUGAGGCGGAUGUGCUACCCAGUUGUCCGAUAGCACAAUUAUUUAUUUCGUGAACUAAAUGUAUAAAUUGCAUAUAAAUGUGUACAAUUUGCACAUCUGCCUCACAGUUCUGAGGUUCCCGGGUUCAAAUCCAGCGUCGGCAUGUAUGGAUUUUCUCUGGGUGCUCCUGUUUCCUCCCACAUUCCAAAAACAUGCGUGGUAGGUUAAUUGGAGACUCUAAAUUGUCCAUAGGUGUGAAUGGUUAUUUGCCUAUAUGUGCCCUGCGAUUGGCUGGUGACCAGUUCAGGAUGUACCCAUCCUCCUGCCCGAAUUCAGCUGAGAUGGGCGCCAGCACACCCACAACAAGUGAGGAUAAGCAGUUCAGAAAAUGUAUGUAUGUAUACAAUUUACCAAAGACCAUAAGCACAUUUUGGUCCUGGUGCUUGAAUCUCAGUCUUCUAGACUUUUAAUGGGGUAUUUAAUAAUCUUUCCUCAUAUCUUGCAUGUGUGACAAUGGGUUGUUUGAGCACUGUGACCUGAUGUUGGACUUCAUUGAACUGAAUGUUUCUGCUUGACCUUACGCUGUUUUAUCGAACAUUGAACGAUGCCACAUUUUGUCAAGCACACUUUAUAUGCAUUCUGCUUGUAAACCAGGAAUUAAAUAACUUAAAAGUA